GACCUCGCUAGUUUUUCUUUCUGUGAUAAAAAAUCGUAGCUUUUAUGUUUUUUCAUUGAACUUGUGAUGUGGCCUUAAAAACUAUAAACCAUUUGUCUGCAUAUUAUUUUAGAAUGUGUAUUGAGUGCGGUGUUACUGAGGUGAUUUUGUAUUUUUGUGUGCGGUUAAUGCAAUAGUGUCAUUGUGAGAUCACGAUGCGUAUCGGUUUCGUGUUAUAUUGGUGCGUAUAUGCUUUUCAUCUGUGUAAAGCGGAAGAUGUGGAGAAGACAGAAAAUAGAGACAGUGGCAGAAGACAGCAGUGGGGUCCCGUGGUGCGGACUGGGUCGUUUAUGAGCGAUUUUGCGGUCGCAGCCUCUAACGAACAGAUAUUGUUCGAGGCGUGCCACAAUGAGCCCGCGUGUCUUCAGGACAAGGCUGGCCUCGAAGCCAUCACGCAGCUACACAGGCAGCUUGAUGACGAUGCCAACGGGAACGUUGACCUCAGCGAGAGUGACGAUUUUCUUCGCGAGGAGUUGCAGUACGACAGCGGGUAUGAGAAGCGGCAGAGGGCGUUCCACCACAAUGAUGAUAUGCACAUCUCCGUCAAGGAGCUAUGGGAGGCGUGGCUACGAUCUGAGGUACACAACUGGACAGUAGAGCAGACGGUGGAAUGGCUGUCUCAGUCCGUGGACCUCCCCCAGUACAAGACUUUGUUCCUGCAACACAAAGUUACCGGCGCUACCCUGCCGAGAUUGGCCGUAAACAACAUGCAGUACCUGAGCAACGUGCUGGGCAUCAAAGAUCCGAUUCACAAACAGAAGCUUGCACUCAAAGCGAUGGACGUUGUCUUGUUUGGACCCCCUAAAGAAGGCAGUAGAUGGAAGGACUGGCUCCUCGCGUCUUUGCUGCUCGGUGCGGUGGUCGGUGGCUGGGCGGCACUGCGCGCUGGUCGCGCGAGCCGUCACCAAGUUCAGCGCAUGCUCCGAGACAUGGAACAGCUCCGCAAGGCCGAGAUGGCCCUGAAUGAUAUGCAGAAGGAACUGGAGAAAGCUCGUCUGGAACAGGAAAAUGUGACGACGGAAAAAAAGAAUUUGGAGAAAAAGCUUAGAGAAGCGGGCGAUACACCACUUCUGAACUCGGCGUCAUCUGACCUUGAAGUAACUCAAUUGAAGGCUGAGAUCGAGAUGCUACGUGCUGAGCUUCGUCGGGCUGAAGGUGAAUUGGAAGACAGGUGCUGGGCGCCUCCUCCUGGUCUCCAGCAGUGGCUGCAGUUGACACAUGAGGUCGAGAACAGAGCCUACCUCCGCAAGAAGCAGCAAGCAGACUUACAGUUGCAGCAAGCGAGAGAAGCGUGUGAAAAAUUGCGGAAGAAGAGAUCUAGUUUGGUUGGCGCGUUUGUUUCGACGCAUGGGAAAUCCAUUGAUGAUGUCGACCGGUCUAUUGUAGAAGCACGGACUGCACUCAACGAGGUCACUCAAGAAUUACAGGAGCGCAUGCACAGAUGGAAGCAAAUCGAGCGUAUGUGUGGGUUUAACAUAAUCAAUAACAACGGACUGCAGUACUUGGAGACUGCGCUGUACAGGAGUGCCAACGGCCGGCCUACUGGACGAGGUCGCAUCAGCAGUUCUCAAGAUGACCUGAGCAUCGGUGAUGAUGCGUCAAUAUGUGGCUCAGUUGCUGAUAACUUCGUAUGGCGGGAAGAUUCCUCGGGCAGCGAAGCGGAUGCUCCACACUACCCGCUAGACCUAAGACUUGCCGAGGCUCGAUUACAAUUAGAAGAGCGCUUAGCGCAAGAAGCUCGCGAGCGCAGACAGGACGAGCGCAUAGAACGCCGCGCGGAAGAGAAGCGAGCCGCUCUCGAGGACUUUAGAGCGAGGACCUCUUACAACGACCUGCGGAAGACUCCCACUGAUGACAGGAAUAAGGAGCAGGUGCAGUUCAUAUUGGGAGGGGAUAAUGUAAACUGGUCAGGCGAGCCAGAAACACCGCGCAUUGCGGAGCUCACUCGCGCAGUGACAUCGGCAUCCCAGCCGCAGCUCCGUGCCUCGGUCCGCGGGGCUCCGCUGCCGCCCCCGCGCCGCGUCCUGUCCUCUGUCGCAGCCCCCAUCGUACGCUCCCGUAGUACUGAUGUAGUACCACUGUCUGAUGACCCUAGACCUCCACCUAGGAAUGCCUUCCCGAGGCCGAAGACGCUUGCUGAAGACGCCCCAACGCCUUCAAGCAACACGCCACCAGAAGAAGAAUCAACGGACUCCUCACUGAUGGACGACGAAGGUAUUCCUAAGCCUCGUAAGCGUCGCAUCCACCUCCCCUUCGGCAAGAAAGCCAAAACACCAGCGUGACGUCACCACCAAGUAACCCGGUGACAUUUGACAAGCCAUCACUGAAAUGGCGAAGCGUGUUUGGUAACAAAACUGCCAUUUUACCUGUCCAGGUGAUACUAGGAUAAUGCGAAAGAAUAAUGAGGUUUCUUGCUCGUUCUACUCCUUAAGAAGGAACGAACGAGCUUCACUAAAGGACCGAAGACGUAUUUUUCUUUGACUUUCAAAAGUGCCUUUUCGAAUAGUGAUUUAUACCUAAGUUCCUCAAACCUUGUAAACGUUUUUAUUAAUUUUCUUCAGUUCAUCUGAACAGGUAAUUUGGUAGGUCUUUCAUAUAAAUUUUAUUAACUGUUUAAGUACAAAAUAUGAAGGUUACUCAGUGGUCAAACAUGAGAUAUAUGUUUGACAGUUUAUUAUAAAAAUUAAAUGCAUUAGUUAGUAAAGAAACCAAUUGACUCCUUAAUGUCUGUGUAGAGAUAUCCUCACUUCAAAUCUUUUUUUAAUUUUAACUUAUCUGCCCGCCCGAUGUUUACAAACUUUCCUAUUUUGUACUUAAAAACGUUUGGCAAUAAAUUAUUCGUUCCCAAGAAAGUAGUUUUUAAUAGAAUAAUAAUUAAUUUCGCGGCCUAAUGCAGAAACUAUCGUUUCUUAGUAAAGAAGUCAAUUGAUACACCAAGGGAAUUUGGUGGAGGCCAGUGAUUUAUAAGAUAAUUACCUCAUUAAGUGAGGUAUUGUAGAAACUAUAAGACCUACAUUUUACUUAGGUCGUUUAGUAACUUUUUAAGUCUUGAUUCAAAUCCUUUAAGGCCAGUUUUACAGUCUCUAAUACUAUUUAGUAGUAGGUUCAUUAACUGUCUUAAAUAAGAAAUUGAAUGUAAUCAAGUAGUUUAGUUGCAUUGAUAGUAACCGAUUAUGAAGGUGUAAAACCAUUAAUUUUUUUAUAGAAUUAUUGAUACUUUCUUUAAGGUCUUUUUGGCUCUCAAAAAGUACGUGGUAAAGUGGUGUCUAAAGUAGUUAUUAAUACUUUAGACACCACUGCUCAAUAUUCUGGCAUAAUGUUUCAUAAUAUGCCAGUUAAAUAUAUCAACAACGAGUCGACGCUCACGGACUCUUCGUACGGCCUAAAAUUUUUUUUCUUACUUUUUAUACUGGACUUCCAUUUCAACGCUAAAAUUAGCCAAAUCGGUUCAGCAGUUCUCGACUUUUAGCGGGACUAACGGAAAUUCAUUUUUAUUUAUAUAUAUUUAUUACAAGGGACUGUAAAACUGGCCUCUUACUCACAGCGACCGUAUAACAUAAUUAGCUAUUGAAUUAAUUAUUAUUAAUGAAUAGUUCGCGCUUCGUCUCAGUUGUGCAUAAAUCUUGGUUGUAAUUUGACUGAGUGACAUUUGAUUUUCCCCCCAAAAAUAGAUUUCUUGCACGUUUGUUAGUCUUAACUACACGUUUUGUAGUAUUGUUUCCUACUUUGUAUUAUAUUUAUGUACUUAAAAUCACUUUUUGCAAUACGUUUUUUUGAUAUUUCUCUGUAAAUGGUUUUGCGAGGCUGUAUAUACUUUUUAUCUCAAAUCAAAUGUGUAAUGACAAUACAGUUGUUUAAAAUAUGAUUAUAAUUUUAUACAUAAUAAUUUUCGAUAGGUACUAUACGUUUCUUGAUACAAUAGUAAACAACAUAUGCUAUAUAUUCUUUUAUAUAUAUUUUGCUACGCGAAAUCGGUUUUUAUGGCUAUAAGAAUACGUUAUGAUUUGAUAAUUUGCAGGUAUUUCCUCAGGAAUUCUACAUAAAAACGAUAAUUAUAUAAAAAUAUAACCAAUCUUACUACAAUACAAUUAAAAAGUUAGAGUUAGAAAAUGAAAAUUGUAAUUGCCAUUCAAGUAUGAACGGUUUUUAUGUUCGAUAGCUCACACAGGCUGUAUUUAUUAUCACACCAUUAGUACAUGGUUACUUAGAACACAUAACAUCACGCCUUUUAUCCUCGAAGGGGUAGGCAAAGGUGCACAUUAUACCACUGUACAAUGUAACAC